AUGGAUUUGGACGAAGCAGAUAUAUUGGAAAUUCCAUCAUGGUCAAGAAAAGGUCAUCCAGUUUCCCGUUGGAUCGACUAUAUACCAAAAUCUUAUACCGGUGAAGUCCGUGAUAUCACGGAUAAUGGAUUUUGGACGCUGUCUAGCUUUAUAGAAGGCUAUGGCAUUCAUCAGCUGUUGGAUGAAGAUACUGAUCAGUAUUGGCAGUCGGAUGGCCCGCAACCUCACGUGAUCACCGUUGAAUUCCCGAAAAAAGAAGACAUUCUCUUCGUGCUUUUAUACUUAGACUAUAAAACGGAUGAAUCGUAUACUCCGAGCAAGUAA